GCGAUAUCUAUUGAUACUACUUCCGUAUCGUGGCUGACAACAUCAAUUUCGGUUUUUAAUACCUUUCUUCCCUUCCCGCCAUCCGCCUCUCAUUGUCUCUACUACGAGUACAAACACUUACUACUCUUUUGAAAAGUCGUCGAUACCUUUUUUCUUCCCUCGUCUUUGCGCACAAAUCUAUGGCGUCAUGUCAUUAACAUCUGGCACUUUUACCCCGGAGUGGCGAAUCGUGUAUCGCCUUUACGAUCGCUGACUCGAGUCGACUCCAGCCAUUCAACAGCACUACUUACUACCUACCUGAGGCACGAAGAUCAUCCUCGUCAUCACCAAAGAGGUGACGACUCGUUAUCAGUCUAUUCAGACUGUGUCGAGCAGUCUCCUUGGGCAGAAGCGCAUCCUACCAUUUUGUUCUUUUGAUUUACUGGAGACGGCACUAAGGAUAUAUAUUGUAUCCAACCGGAAUCAAUAUCCUUGAAGGAAAAUCGCCCAACACAGCGCGAUACUACGAAAUACUAUUUCCUACCAGGCAUUCAAAAAGAACCUCGAAAAUGGCAUACUCUCAUCGAUCGUCCCUCCCAACACCACUGACCCCAUCCAUGCCUUUGUCCGGGUCGAUAGCCGAACAACAUAUUGAAUCUCUACCCAUCACACCUCCCGACAUCUCCGAGGCGUUCUAUAACAACGAAGAAGACAGUUUUAUUGCUGACAGCAAAACCGUCAAGAAGGCUCUACAUGUCCUGGCCACCGAGAGACUCGCCUUGUCCCACCUCGAAGACCUCUACAGCAGUUCCGCCCAACUCCAGACCUUUCUGUUACAGGCCAUCCGUCAAAUCAUCCAGUCCGAGACUCGUCACGGCAAGACCAUCUUCACAGGGGUGGGCAAGUCGGGCCACAUCGCUAAGAAACUGGUCGCCACGUUCGUCUCCUUGGGCAUCCACGCCGUCUUCUUGCACCCCAUAGAGGCACUCCACGGUGACCUGGGGGUCGUCCGGCCCAGCGACACAAUCAUCAUGGUCACCUUCUCGGGAAAGACCCCCGAACUCCUAUCACUCCUCCCUCACAUCGACCCUUCGAUACCCCUGAUCGUCAUGUCCGGCCACUUGACCGAACAAACCUGCCCGAUCCUCUGCCACCCGGCGCGCGUGAACUCGAAAAACAUCCUGGUGCCGACUGUGAUCCACGAAUCCGAAACCGCAUCUUUCGGCGUGUCGGCACCCACGACAUCCACGACCAUCACGUUGGCCAUCGGCGACAGCCUCGCUCUGGCCGUGGCCGACGACCUACACUCUGCGGCCGGGCUGCAGACUCCCGCCAUUUUCGCCGCCAACCACCCCGGAGGUGCCAUAGGUCAAGCACAACUCGACUUCUCGGGCCAGCAGCCUACCACUACCACUACCGCCGGCGGCGGCGGCGUCAGCAGCAACGACCACGGGGUCGCGCGGACAACCGCAGUACGACCCGAGCCGCUCAUGUCCGACAUCGCCACGAUGGUCUCACACAUCCCCAUCGCCACGCCCCGGGGUGGUGGUGGUGGUCCGGCCGACGAUGACAACAAACUUUUGUGUUUUGACGUGCUCCUGGCCGCCGUCCGGUCACCUCGGGGGUUCGUGAGGACCUCGCCUCACCACAUGAUCGGGCCCCGCCGGAUACAGAACCUGCCCGCCGGGGGAUCCGGGGUCGCCGUCGCCGACCUGGCCGACCGCCUCGGUCCCGUCGUGAUCGAGAAGACGGACUGGAUUUCCGUCCUGGGUUCGACCACGAUGGACGAGUGUCGACGGUGGAUCCACCAGAUGCGAGACGAGGGCACCGGCAGGGGCCGGGAGUUCCUGCGGAGGGGCACCCUGUUGGGCGUCGUGGACCAGAACAACGAAGUGACGGGCAUCGUGGAGAUUGAAGAAAUGAUGGGAGAUCAUUUUUGAUUUCUAUCUUGAACCUGAGGACCCAAGCCUAAAACCACUGGAAUUGUGCACACACCAUUCCAUCUUAUAUUUUCGCGGGCGGACGUUUCUUUUUUUUUGGUGUGUGUCUCUUUUUUUCUCUCCAACCAUCAUGACGACUUUUUUCCGAUACGACGAGACAUUUGGAUAUGGAUAGAUUUUAGGUAGAUCUAAUACUCACGAGAAGGAGUAUCAAAACAUAGACAGGUUCUCAAUUCGGAGACAGAAGAAGAGAGAAAACCAAAGUUGUUGGGGUAUCUUAUUGGACUCGGACUUCAAGGCUUGAUGAAUCAGAUAGUAACGACCAUUACACAAAUCACGAAUACCAGUCGUCAACAUCAUCGUCGUCGUC